UCGGGACAGCGCGCGCAUCAUUCAUUGUAAUAUGCAACAAAUACACAUUUACGGUUAAAUAUGCAAAAAUAUGGAAAAUAAAAAUUAGCUGCAGUGGAUUCCAAUUACUAUGAUCCGUGAAGAUUAUUAACAAAAAUAUAAAACUUGAAAAGGAAAACAAUAUGCAAAAACAUACAAAUCCAGGCUCUAGUCAUAACUCAUAAGUCAUAACAUACAACACUUAAGCAAGCUUAAGUGAAUGAAUUCAUUAAUUUAAUUCUAAACUUCAAAAUAUUUUAUUGCUUGAAAAGAAAUUGAACCAACUAUUAUUAUGUUACGUAAUUUAUUCCGUCGAGGUCUUCGCCCUUGCUACAUAAUAUAGUAUUAUCAAAUCAGUUUGAAAAAUACAUAACCGUGAAGAUGACUUAACAUUUAUAUCAAUCAAUUCAAUCUAUUCUUAAUUGUCGACAUGUCAAAUAUGGUUGACUUCGAACGAUGCAAAUAAUUUUACUUAACAAAAUUUUUGUAAUUUUUUUAUUAACACACAAGUGUUUAAAGAAGACUGUUCCGUGUCUGAACCACAUUUUAGAUUAUUUACGCGUAAAAUGUUAACAAGCGUGGUUUUUUGUUUGGUUUUAUUUAUCACCACCAUCGUUACAAGGGCGGCAAAUAUAUUGGUUUUCAUGCCAUUACCGAUUAAAAGCCAUGUCCGCGGAUUCCAACCGUUGUUCGAAGAAUUGUCAAACCGAGGGCACAAUAUAACCGUAGUCAGUUCAUUCCCUCUAGAUCAUCCAGUUGCCAACUAUACAGAUAUAGGGCCUUUUAUUGACAAAACAAGAGCGAGAAACGUAAUGGAUUUGGUACGCAUGAACUUUAUAACAUCGGUUCAGUUGAAAUGGCGCAUUGGCAUACAACUGUCGGAAAUGGUCAUGUCGCAUAGAAAUAUGAAACAAUUCGUUCAAUCGAAUUCAAACUCGUUUGAUUUGGUUAUGGUGGAGACAUUCGGUCAAGAGUAUGCUGUGACCAUGGGUCAUAAAUUCAACGCCCCCGUCAUUAAUCUAGCACCGGCGAUGAUCUGGGCUAGUAUCAGCAAAUGGCUACAUGUCCCUUCCACGUUUUCCUACAUACCGGAUGCGUGUACCCAGUUGACCAGCGACAUGGGUUUCAUCGAACGUCUAAAGAACUCUAUUACUGGUUUCAUGCAAUUAUAUGUAGAAAAUUACUUGUAUUUACCCAAAACGAAGGAGGUGAUGAACACAUACCUCAAGUACAGGGGUUGGCAAUCCAGGCCUCCACUCGAGCAUAUGUUGAACAAUGUAUCCCUAACACUGGUCAACUCUCAUAAUGCGAUUGGUAUAUCAAGACCAUACCUUCCGGGUAUAAUUGAAGUGGGUGGAAUGCACAUCAAAGACCCGAAACCUUUGACCAAAAAUCUUCAAACAUUUUUAGAUGCAGCGGAUCAAGGAGUAAUAUUUUUUAGUUUUGGUACACUAGUUAAUUUAAAUGACUUACCUAAAGACAAAUUGAACAUUUUUAUCAGUGUCCUUGGAAGAUUAAAACAAAAAGUAAUAAUAAAAUGGAUAUCUGAAGAUAGUAAUAUAAAGCUGCCUCGAAACUUUAUGACUGGUUCAUGGUUUCCACAAAGAGAUAUUUUAGCUCAUCCAAAUGUAAUACUUUUCAUCACUCACGGAGGAUUACAUAGCUUAGAAGAAACUGUUUGUAAUGCAAAACCUGUAGUUGGCGUACCUUUUUUUGCUGAACAAAAUUUCAACAUGAAAAUAGUUGAGGAAAAAGGUUAUGGUAAAUUAGUGAAUUUUUUUGAAAUUACUGAAGAAUCCUUUGGGAAUGCCAUUGAAGAAGUGUUGUCCGAUGUCACGUUUAAAGAGAAGGCAAUGAUAGAGAGUCUUGUGUAUAAAGAUCAACCUAUGAAACCCCUAGAUCGAGCUGUUUACUGGGUCGAAUAUGUUAUUCGGCAUGGCGGAGCUGGACAUUUAAAAAGUGACUCCAUAGGGUUAAAUGAUUUACAGUAUUUUUUGUUUGACAUAAUAUUAAUUGUACUUCUAUCUUUUGGACUGAUUGUUUGGUUGUGUUAUUUUGUAUUUCUAAAAGUUAUUUCUAAAAAUUUAAAACUAUAA